AUGAAAGGCCAAACACGAUUUGACGUGAAAGGCAAAUUGGCACCAAGAUAUGUUGGACCCUAUGAAAUCCUUGAAAAGAUUAAUUCAGUGACAUAUCGGGUAGCUUUACCACUAGUCAUGGAACAUAUGCAUAAUGUUUCUCACGUAUCUAUGCUUCGAGAGUAUUUGAGAGAUCCACUACAUGUGAUUGAGCAGACUCAUGUACUUUUAAAGGAUGAUUAUACAUACAAGGAGAGACCAAUACAAAUUGUGAAUCGCCGAAUCAAAAGAUUAAGAAACAAGGAAAUUCCGUUAGUGAAUGUUGAUUGGCAGAAUCAUGGAGGAACGUAUGCAACUUCAGAAACAAAAGAAGACAUGAUGAAAAGAUAUCCUGAACUGUUCCCUUUGGACCCAGUAUUCUUCCAAAAUGAAGAAUUUUAUGGUGGGUUUAACUGA